AUUCUCAGCCGGCCCAUAACUGGCGGUCGCCCCCUCCAACAAGAAAAGGUUUUGAUUUGGGAAUCUUUUCUGUGAAAAUCGCUUGAAGCUUCGCCCUUUUCUCUCCCCCUCCCUCUCUCUCUCUCACAUCUGCUGUGAUUAGCUCUGAGAACUACCGAAACUUUUGAUCUAAGAGCUACAACUAUGUCUUCAUCGAAUAUACCUGCCACCACCGAUUCACUUUUCCAGGCAUCUGAGGCUAAAACUCCUGCUGAGGCGAUCUCUAUCCUUUACGGGAUUCUUGAAGACCCUUCAUCUUCUUCAGAAGCCCUACGGAUCAAGGAACAAGCUAUUACCAAUCUCUCGGAUCUUCUUAGACAAGAGGGUCGAGCGCAAGACCUUCAAAAUCUCCUCACUAAAUUGCGACCUUUCUUUUCCUUGAUCCCGAAAGCAAAAACUGCAAAAAUAGUCCGUGUUAUCGUUGAUGCAGUUGCUAAAAUACCUGGAACGUCUGAUCUCCAGAUUGCUCUUUGCAAGGAAAUAGUGCAAUGGACACGUGCUGAAAAGCGAACUUUCCUCCGUCAACGUAUUGAGGCGAGGCUUGCAGCUCUGCUGAUGGAAAACAAGGAAUAUGUGGAAGCACUGAAUCUCCUCUCCGGUCUUAUCAAGGAGGUCAGAAGGUUAGACGACAAGCUGCUACUGGUGGAGAUCGACUUGCUUGAGAGCAAACUUCAUUUCUCUCUGAGAAACCUGCCUAAAGCCAAGGCUGCACUUACAGCAGCAAGAACAGCAGCCAAUGCUAUAUAUGUGCCUCCAGCUCAACAGGGCACGAUAGAUUUGCAAAGUGGAAUUCUCCAUGCUGAAGAGAAGGACUACAAAACUGCCUAUAGCUACUUCUUUGAAGCAUUUGAGGCUUUUAAUGCUCUUGAAGAUCCCCAGGCCAUAUACAGUCUUAAAUACAUGUUGCUGUGCAAAAUUAUGGUGAACCAAGCUGAUGAUGUGGCUGGAAUAAUAUCAUCGCCUAAAGUUGGUUUGCAGUAUCAAGGACCAGAACUAGAUGCAAUGAAAGCCAUUGCUGAUGCUCACUCUAAGCGCUCUCUCAAGCUCUUCGAGAUUGCUCUGCAGAAUUUCAGGACUCAGCUGGACGAAGACCCUAUUGUUCAUAGGCAUCUUUCUUCCCUCUAUGACACCCUACUCGAGCAGAACCUUUGCAGGUUGAUUGAGCCCUUCUCAAGAGUCGAGAUAGCUCACAUUGCUGAGUUGAUUGAAUUACCGGCUCACCAUGUCGAGAAGAAGUUAUCUCAGAUGAUUCUUGAUAAGAAGUUUGCAGGCACUCUAGACCAGGGAGCUGGAUGCUUAAUCAUAUUUGAUGAUCCCAAGACUGAUGCAAUCUACCCGGCAACUUUGGAGACUAUUGCGAACAUGGAAAAGGUUGUUGACAGCCUCUAUGCAAGGUCUGCAAAGAUAAUGGCAUGAGGAUCACCGGUGGGACAGAACCUUUUCUGCUUACCAAUUUUCUUUCUAUCAGUUAAGACGAAAAUUCACUUCUGUGUUCGAUCUGUUUGUAACUUUUUUCGUGGAACGAGGUGUCAUAGUGAGCACUUGAUUGUUAUACCAUAUUUGAACCUUGGUUUAAUGAGCUCUAAACUUUUGUGUUGCAUAUCAUCUCGUGCUCAUAUGAAGUGUUCGCCUGUCAUAGUUGACUCUUCUAGCACACUUUCCCCGGGAAAAA